UGGCGUCCGGUCUCCUAGCAACAACACCCGAACUCUAGGAACUGCCUUUUCCUUGCCUUCGGCUCACACCGCUCGCUGAUCACAGUCCUCCAGUUGCUACCAACGAAGCCCCUCUACACCCUUCAAGCCUCAGACCUUGCACCUCAGUUUACUUUUGUUUCGACCCCACCCCCACAAUUUGCUCUAAAUCAACCCCUUUCCCUUGUUCCCCAAGUUUCUGAGCUUCUCAUAACACUCUGGGUUCAGCCACACCACAGGCCGUCCAAGCUGCUCCGCCCCUUUUCCUUCUUCGCCCGCCCCAGGCCAGCAGCCUUUUAGAUCAUGCCUGGAACUGAACUUGCCCCGAGUCCAGAGGAAGGGGGCAUCUGCAUCACUGAAGCCCUUAUCACUAAGCGGAACUUGACAUUUCUUGAGGACGAUGAUCUGUCAGAGAAGAUGUUUCACACUCUUGCUGAACUGCAGACUGUCCGCCUGGACCGGGAGGGGAUUACUGUUAUCAGGAAUUUAGAGAGCCUCCAGAAUAUUCACAGCCUCUAUCUGCAAUCGAAUAAGAUCCAGAAAAUUGAAAACCUGGCCUGCAUCCCCUCCUUGCGCUUCCUGUCUCUGGCAGGAAACCACAUCAAGCAGGUGGAAAACCUCCUCAACCUCCCACACCUCCAGUUUCUGGACCUUUCUGAGAACCUGAUAGAAACGCUGAAGCUGGAUGAGUUCCCCCAGAGCCUUCUCAUCCUCAACCUGACUGGAAACAGCUGCACCAAGCAGAAUGGCUAUAGGGAGCUGGUGAUAGGAGCCCUGCCACUGCUCUUGGACCUGGAUGGGCAGCCUGUGCCAGAGCGCUGGGCCUCUGAUGAGGAGGAGAAUGCCUCAGGUGAUGAGGAUGAGGAGUUCCCGGAGCUGAGCGGCCCAUUCUGUUCAGAGCAAGGCUUCCUCAAGGACCUGGAGCAGGAGAUGACCAGGCACAAGGAGCACAGGCAGCAGGCAGCCCUGACAGAGCACCUCCUGAGGAUGGAGACUCAGCUCGCGCUGACGGACCUCCCCCUGCUGCCUGAGGAGCCCAUGGCCAGGGACAGCAACCUACCUGUCCCUCCUGAGCAAGAGAAGACACCCACUGAGCCUGCCUCUUCACCACAGACAUACUCUGCCACCAAGAUGCCUUGCCCUCUGGUCUCCCUGGGCCAGCAAGGCACUGCCCAAGCACAGGAGGGGGCCAGGGCAGCUGUAGCCCCCAAGGCCUCCCUCACUGGGGUCCGCAGCACGACCAAAACUAUGACCAAGAAAAUCAAGAAUUAAAGUGUGGCCUGUCUAUCAGCAAAGCCACAGGAACAAGGGAGAUGCUGAUGGAACGUCCCCUCAUUCUCAGAUGCCUCACCUGUGGCAGAAGCCCAUCCCCAAUAAAGUGUGUCUAGGCCUUGACUAUGUCUCUCAGGUCACUGGGGGCAUCUUAGGGGAGGCAACCAGUAAUGGCAUUGGGAAACAGCCACAGAAAAUAUGAAGCUUUAAGGAGCAG